UCUCUCUCUCUCUCUCUCGCCUCCAUAUUUUUAGCUUUUAUUCGUUCAUUCACCAUUUCACUCUAUCACUCCAAAUCCCAUCAAAUUGACAAAAGAACUACCAGGGGCGAUUUUCUCAGCUUUUACAUAUCAUCCAUCGCAGCGUCCGACGUCGUUUUGAUGCAGUGAAAGGGUUGAAUUCUUGCCCCCAUGGAAACGGAAAAUCCCUCGAAUUACACAUACAUGGGAAGGACCUUCAGUGAUCUGAGCGUCGACGACGAUUCCUCCGCCUUCAGCGACUGUAACAGUGAUAGAUCCGGCGAGUUUCCCACGGCUUCGAAUCAGAGCCGGCGGCUAUUGAUUGCCUGCGCGACGGAUAACUCCGACGAGCUAAUCCGACAGCUCGUCUCCGACCUCGAGUCCUGUUCGAUUGAGGACCAGAAGCAAGCGGCCAUGGAGAUCAGACUCCUUGCGAAGAACAAAUCCGAGAAUAGGCUCAAGAUCGCCAAGGCCGGAGCCGUCAAGCCGUUGAUUUCGCUCCUUUCCGAUCUCCAGCUCCAGGAGUACGGAGUCACGGCGAUUCUGAAUCUUUCCCUCUGCGACGAGAACAAGGAGCUGAUAGCUUCAUCGGGAGCGAUCAAGCCUCUGGUCCGAGCGCUAAGGACGGCGACGGCGACGGCGAAGGAGAACGCGGCGUGCGCUCUGCUCCGGCUCUCGCAGGUGGAGGAGAACAAGGUGGCGAUCGGACGGUCGGGAGCGAUUCCAUUACUGGUAAACCUCCUGGAGAGCGGCGGAAUCCGCGGGAAGAAGGACGCGUCGACGGCGUUGUAUUCGCUCUGUUCGGUGAAGGAGAACAAAAUCAGGGCCGUGCACGCGGGGAUAAUGAAGCCGCUGGUGGAGCUGAUGGCGGAUUUCGGGUCGAACAUGGUGGACAAGUCGGCGUACGUGAUGAGCGUGCUGGUAUCUGUAGCGGAGGCGAAGGCGGCGCUGGUGGAAGAAGGCGGAAUUCCGGUGCUGGUAGAGAUAAUCGAGGUCGGCUCGCAGAGGCGGAAGGAGAUUGCGGUGGCGAUACUCUUGCAGAUUUGCGAGGAAAGCGUGGUGUACCGUACGAUGGUGUCCCGCGAAGGAGCGAUUCCACCUCUGGUGGCUUUGACUCAGUCCGGCACCAAUCGCGCCAAGCAAAAGGCAGAGACACUAAUAGAACUUCUACGGCAACCAAGAUCCGGCAGCGCCGCUGCGAGACCCUCAGACGUGUCAGCAUAAGUGCCCCCACCACGUCUCAUGUUCCGUGUCCAUGUAAUCCAGACAAUCAAACACAGAGAAAAAAACUUUGUGAUUUUCUUCUUUAUAUUAAAAGAGAAAAACAAAUUAAGAAAAAGAAACCACAAACUUGUAAAUACCUGUGUAAUAUAGAGGAGCUUGUAAAAUUUGUGAUGAAAUUGCGAGUUUGAUUUCGAUUUUGCUUUG